ACAGUGACCUCAGCAAAAACCAGAUAACAAAAAUAUCGGUGGACGCCUUCCAGGGUCUGAAGUCGUUAACAUCUCUAAUGCUGUACGGCAACAAAAUAAAAGACUUGCCCGGUGGCGUGUUCCAUGGUCUCACUUCGUUGCAACUGUUGCUUUUGAACGCAAACGAAAUAUCGUGUAUACGAAGAGACGCUUUCAGAGAUUUACACAGCGUCAAUUUGCUCUCACUGUACGAUAACAACAUAAAGUCUUUGGCAAAUGGAACGUUCGACUACAUGAGGAGUAUCCAAACUCUGCAUUUGGGCAGAAAUCCAUUUAGCUGCGACUGCAACUUGCGUUGGUUAUCAGAGUAUUUGCAUAAAAAUCCAAUAGAAACGUCCGCCGCUCGGUGCGAGUCGCCGAAAAAGUUGCAAAAACGAAGAAUAGAUGGCCUGAGCCAUGACAAAUUCAAGUGUAAGUUAUCAUUUUCGUAUACAGCGAAGAAUUAUUAUCACGAAAUUGUCCUCUGAACCAUAAUAAUAAUCUGGAAUUCGUUAUUUUUCCUACAAAUAUUAAAAUCGAUUUUGUAUAAAGAAGAAAUAAAAUUACUGUACGCAGACACCUUACUAAUAUCAUAAAAAUGUUCUAGGAAAAUAAAAAGGGUAUAAAACGAUUUUCGGUUCAAGAAUAAUGAAGGUAUAUUGAGAACACAUAAAUAUAAU